UCCGUCCGGCCGAGGGGAGGGGGCGCCGUGCCCCUGAGCGGGGUCGAGUUUCGCGAAGGGGCGGGAGUCGCGGCGGCGGCGGCACAAAGGCCGAGGCGCGCCCCGGCUGGCCCGAGCGUUUAUCGGGCGCAGAAGCGUGGAGGGCUUCCAGGCGGGACCCUCCGGUCGGGACACCGUGGAUGCCCCACUUCUGGACCGCCUCCCGCUCGCUCGCUCCGCUCCCUUCCGGCACUUCUGCUCGCCCCUCGCCUUGGCUCUCGGGACCAGCGGGCGCUCCUGGCGCGAUCCCUUGAGUUUAGCGAUGCCCUUUGCUUUGGUCCACCUGCCACUGCUGCUGCUGCUGCUGACGACGACUCUGGUGCCCAAGCCGGGGCUGGCGGGGCCCGUUACCACCUGCGAUGCCAACGGGAGCCUGUACUACGUGGGCGAGUGGUAUUUCCUCGACAGUGACCAUUGUACCCAGUGCGAGUGCACGGCCGAAGGACCCGCCUGUGCCCGCACGGAGUGCAGCGCGCUGCCGCCGGCCUGUAUUCACGUCAGCCACUACCCCAGCGACUGCUGUCCACGCUGCGAGCGGGUCGGCUGUGAGCACCGGGGACAGGUGUAUGAACUGGGACAGCAGUUCCAGCCUUCAGAAUGUGAGCAGUGUACCUGUGACUUAGAUGGAAUUGCCCACUGCCUAGUGGCAGACUGUGCCCCUCCACCCUGCGUCAACCCCAUCUAUGAGCAAGGCCACUGCUGCCCCACCUGCAAGGAUGGGCCCAACUGCUAUGUGGAUGGGAGCCAGCGCCGAGUCAUACCUGCUGGGGAAAGUGUCUGGGUAGGGCCUUGCACCCGAUGCCGCUGUCACGAUGGCCAGGAUGCUGGCUACUGGGAAGGAAACCGUUUAGCCAAAUGUGAGCGGCUACGGGGAUGCCGGGCUACAGCUGGACACCAGGCCUGAGUUACGUUGAGCACCAGAUCAAUUCCUUCAAACCUCUGAUAUUACAAAACAACCCGAAUGUGUACUCAGCCCCCCUCCAACCAUAUUCACAAGCAAUGCUGAUCUGAGUCCAGAGCUGCUUUUUCUCCUAAAAUUACUAUGCAAAGGAUUGAACUCCAAGGACAAGCUGUUGAAGUGGCGCCCUUUCCUGUUUCCUUUUAUUUAAGGAAUCUCUCUCCCAAUGAAGACUCCCAUCAAUUCCAUUCCUGUUCAAACAGUAUCUUCCGCAGAUCACUCCCCAACAGUUUCACUUGUGUGAAUAUAUGACAAUAAAGGCUUCUUAUGGAAUA